AUGGCUAGCUCGACACGGCCACAGCUCGACGAGGACGACCUCCUCGACCGCUCACCGGCCCUCGCCCGCCUGCGCCGCAAGCGCCUCGCCCCCUCGCGCUGGCGCGACCUUGUCAAGGCCGCCGCCGGCCCUCGCCCGCCCAAGGAGCCAGAGCCGUGGGAGUGCUGCGGCAGCAGCUGCAAGCCCUGCGUUCUCGAGCUGUACCGUGAGGAGCGCAAGGUGUGGGACGACGUCCAUCCCGACGGCGUCAGCGACGACGAGGACGACGCAUUCGCCGAGCCGGGCGACAAGGACGUGCCGGCCCAGGGUCCGGCGCCUUACGACAACGACCAGGUCGAGGGCAGCGUCAAGCCUGCGCCCGCGACGACGGCGCCUCAGCCCAAGGCCGACUCGCCCGCCAUCGAGAUCGAGCUCGAGGCGAUGGCGCUCGUCGACGCGGUCGCCGUCAAGCAGCAGUCGCCACGCCUCGUCGAGGCGGCCGGAUGAACGAGAUUAAGCCCAUGAACAACAUGACGACCGCGCGACAGCAAGCUGCGCCCUCGCUCCGCCUCGCCCGUCGAGCGCAGAGCCCGCUCGAGCCUGUUCGCCCGGCCACAUGAGGCCGGUCCUGCCCGGCCGAGGGAGACGAUGUCGCCCUACCAAAGACCUCUCUCGGCAUCGACCGCUCGUCGACGAGCGCGACGUCAGCGCCGGGAGACGAGCAGCGAGUCGCCCGUCGAGCGGAGCUACUCGACCCGCCCACGGCGGCGACGGCAGCGAGGGCCCAGCUUCUGGCGACGCCUGCCUACUUCGAGCCUCCGGCGUGUCUGUCUGUCUGUAUCGACGUUCUGCAACGACGACCUGAGCGUGUCAUCGUC